CUCUGCUUAUAGUGUCUUGUCAGAAAGCGAAAACAGACAGCUGGACGCUAAUCCUAGAUGAUGGAAACAAUUUCACUUUUGCUUCAACACUAAAGUCUCGUGUAUUUUCAUCCGGCCUUGCGAUGGAUGCGAUCCAAACUUUAAUUCAAGAAAGUUUGUAUAUAUCACGAGAGCUGUACAGCACUGUACUGUACUGCUGAAGGCGAAUAUCGGUUUCUGUUACUGUAGUGUCUACGCUGCUGCUGUGAGGUUGGAAGUGUGCGUAAUGCCGCAUAUCGCCAACGCGUCUGUAUUAAACGCUAAAUCUCAACACUGAGACACUGAUUUUUUUUAUUCACAAUGUCGGAUGAAUCGUUAACUUUACCCAUCUGCCGGCGACUGACUUACGCCGUCGGUCACUUUUUCAACGAUCUCUGCGCGUCUAUGUGGUUUACUUAUUUACUGGUCUAUUAUCAUUUAGUUGUGGGUCUCGAGGACACAAACGCAGGUUUGUUACUGCUGAUCGGACAGAUCGCGGAUGGGAUUUGCACUCCUCUCAUCGGAUACGAGUCCGAUCGGACGGCGGGAUGCGGAAAGUACGGGAAAAGAAAGACCUGGCAUUUAGUGGGAACAUUGUGUGUGUUUGCAUCCUUCCCCUUCAUAUUCAACUCGUGUGUUGGAUGCGACCAAGACACCCCACAGACAGCAGUGCUCAUUUACGCCAUCCCUUUCAUUAUCAUUUUCCAGUUUGGUUGGGCUGCUACUCAGAUAUCCCACCUGUCACUCAUCCCCGAGCUGGUCACGUGUGAGCAUGCUAAAGUAGAACUCACAUCAUACAGGUAUGCUUUCAACGUUGUGGCAAAUAUUACUGUAUACGCCGUGGCAUGGCUCUUGUUUCACUUUCAGUCACAAGAUUUGCGUGACCCAUCUGGCUCACAGAAUCUGGGCUGGGCCGAUGUUACUACAUUCAGAUAUCUGGCCCUGAUUGUGUGGGGUAUUGGGACAGUUUUUUCCAUCAUCUUUCAUCUGGGGACUAAAGAGAGAGUCUGUUCUCAAAACAGUGAACCUGAAGCUGGGGAGUGUCAGCCUCUAAUCCUCCGAUCUUCCCGGACAUCUGGACCUCUGCUCCGAUGGAAGCACUGGCUUAUUGAGCCUGCAUUUUACCAGGUUGCUUUACUAUAUAUGUGCACAAGACUGAUUGUAAAUUUGUCCCAAACCUACAUCCCUAUGUAUCUGACAAACUCCUUAUCACUGCCAAAGAACUUUAUUGCAUCUAUUCCUCUGGUCAUGUAUGUCAGUGGGUUGGUGUCCUCCCUGGUUAUGAAGCCUGUCAGCAAACGGAUUGGCACUUCUAUGACCUAUUUUGUUGGCCUCUUGCCGAUCAUGGUGUUUUCCUAUUGGGUGUUGCUGGACAUGGACAUGGGAGAGCGGGUUUACGGAGCGGCCGUUCUGCUGGGGUCUGGGUCUGCUGUGAUUCUGGUCAUGUCACUGUCUAUGACUGCCAAUCUCAUUGGAGAUCAAACGCAAAGUGGUGCAUUCGUGUACGGAGCGAUGAGCUUUACCGAUAAGGUGGCGAAUGGACUUGGAGUUAUGAUAAUACAGACAUUACAUCCAUCACACAUGCAUGAUUCUGACUGCAUGGGGUUUUACCACAACGUUAUGGUGAUUGUUACUGGAGGUGUGGCUGUUGUUGCAGCCCUUUGUCUCUGUACUAUUUUCAUCUGGCCAAUCAAAAUUCGCAGAUGGUUCAUCACAGACCCGAUGGGUAUACAAGAUGAGACAAACAGCUGCGUGAUCAAUGGAAGAGUGAACUGAUGGAAUCAGCAAUCAUUAAAAAAACUUUGCUUUUCCUUUUGUGACUUACCAGGAAUAAGGAAGCUAAGAAAUGUGCUUCACUGUGGUCACGGGUGCCUGUCUCAGCAAUUUACAUACGCAGGUUUCUGGAUUAUUCAGAGGUUAUCUCCCAAGAGAAUUUUUGUGAGUCAUAUUUGUAAUAUGAACUCGCUUCUGUCACAUGAAGUGAACCAUGUAAACACAUUUAAGAGAAGAUUUUGAAAGUAGAUUCUGCUUUUCUGAAAUUUUCUCAAGGAUCUUUCCCCAAACAAAAGAUCACACUGGCGUAUUUUCAACAGGAUAUAUUUACAGAUGAUACUCCACCGUUGUGCUUUCCUUUUUAUUGUUCAUUUUGAGACUACAUUUCUCCAGGGUUGCUUGUUUUACUUGUAGUUUUACUACAGUGACAGUCUACAAACCGAGGUUCUCUUUGGAGUUUAAACCUUACACCCUUUAGGUUUUGUGCCAACCUAGCAACAUCAGUCUCUGUGGUGUGUAUUUGUCUUGUAUACACUACGUGAAAUAGGCGCCUACUUUAUUAAAGGGGUCAUAGUGUGAAAAUCAGACUUUUCCAUGUUUAAGUGCUAUAAUUGGGUCCCCAGUGCUUCUAUCAAUGUGGAAAAUUAGCAAAAUAUCAACCCAGUAACUUUGUUUGGGUAAGCCAUUUUCUCCAAGCAUGUGAAAAAUUAGUUCGUUCAGAUUUUGCCUGUUUUGUAGGUAGGCAGCAAGGCAAAUUACUAUAAUACCGCCCCUUAAUCUGCACUAUCCAACAACGGCACUGCCAUUUAGUUCAGAGAUCUGUGCCCGGUUGCAUGAAAGUCCUUAAGCUAAGAAAUCCCUUAAAUAUAAGGUUAAGGGUACCCUUAAUAAAAAAUGGGUUGCAAGAAAAACCCUUAAGUGAACCUUAAGGCUGUCAAUAAGUAUUUACCCUUGAAUGCUAAAGUAUUACCUUAAGUUCUGCUAUGCGUUGCUACAAAGUCCUUAAGUCCCAUUUUCCCUUAAAAACUUAAGGGACUAAAACAGGUCCCUUAACGUCACACGCGAUGGCUGAUUUUAUGUUUUUUUUAAGAAAAUGAAGCACAAACGCGCAUUUCUAACAAUUGAAAUAAUCCCUAGAGAAAAGUGAUGCGCAUUUAUCAGAAGAAUGGCGGUUUGAUCGUCCGUCAAAAUAAAGUGUUUCCAGUUUGAAUUACUUUGAGUAUUCAUGCAUGCGGCACUUUACAGUCUGUUAUUUGCGAUGUUUCAUUGUACACAAAUUCGCCAUCUGUUGAGCUGCGUGCGUUGAUUUGUUUACACUGUGAGAUUUUGUAACCGUAGCAACUAGGCUUGUUGCGAUAGUCGGUGAAACGGUGAUUACCGGUGCUUCAGCCUCUCACCGGUUAGAUCACUUGCCCACCGCGACACCGUCUUUCACCGGCGUUUUGAUAUUUUCUUGUAAUUAAAUCAUUUAGUUUGGUUAGAGAGAGCAAACACUUACAACUGAAUGUGUCUGCUGGCUGAAUCCAGCGGAGCUGAACGCGCGUCAUCACAGAGCAGCGGCUGCGGGUGUCAGAUUUCAUUCCUGUCAGACUGCGGCGAGCAGACGAUGGCAGAAGACGCGUGCUUACUCGUUUUUGUUAUAAGAUACAUAUAUGAUGUUUAAUAUAGGCGAGAUCGUUUUUUUGUUGUGUUUUUCAUUAAGAAGAAUAAUAAACCCAUCAUUCAAGCAGCGCUUUAUGGAGGAAUAGCCGGUUGCUCUGCUUGGGACUGGCGGGUUUCUGUCAGAAGUACCUGCGCACAUUGACUCAAGCACUUAAACCAGCUGUUGCACUCACAUUUGCACGCAAAUUCAUACGCGAUUUAACGCAGCGUACGGAAACGCUGGAUUUAAACAACAGUUGCAUCUAAUUCAAAAGUGAAAGUAAAAUGCGCACUUCUGUGCAUUUAUAAGCCCCUCCCACCCGGUGAAACCGGUAUAACCGGGUUUGUCACGCACUGAUUAACCGGUGGGGAAAUUCUGUCACCGCAACAACCCUAGUAGCAACUGCUUCUCCGCUGCCGUGUUUUGGCAGAGACUAUCGUAAAAUACUUAGUAUCAACACUUAGGUAAGGGUGACAGUUAAGACCUUUGUUGCAACGCUCUUAAAUAAAUCCCUUACCUCAGGGAUUUUUUCUCCCUCAGGGAAACCCUCACUUAAGGAGUUUCAUGCAACCGGGCACAGCUCAUUUGCAUUUUAAAGGACACACCCAAAAAGUGCAUACUUUUGCUCACGCCUACAAAGUGGUGAUUUUAACAUGCUAUAAUAAAUUAUCUGUGGAAUAUUUUGAGCUAAAACUUUAAAUACGCACUCUGGGGACACCGAAUAUUUAUUUUACAUUUUAAAAAAAUCGCAUAAUAUGACCCCUUUAACAAAACCACAUAACUAUGAGUCCAAUAAAGCUUGUUUGGGCAGUUUUGGAAGUGCCUGGACUGUACAUUUGAUACUUUUAGUAUGCUCAUCACACACUUGUCCGACCAGAAAACAAGUCCUGCAACAGUGGUUUAGACAUGUGUUUUCUCUUUGUAUUUCAAAUGUUAGUUCUUCUCUGACUGGGUCUGCAUUAUACAUUUCAUUGACCAUGACAAAAAAUCUUUAGUAGUUCAUAUAGUUUUGAAAAUUACCUUGUCAGUUGCAGUAAUAUAGCACAUACAAUAAUUCUGCAUUGACAUUUUGUGUUCACCUAUUGUGCUUUUAAACAGGAGUAACAUUCCUGUCCACUAGAGGGAGACAUGACAAGAAAAUAAGUUUGUCUGCUGUUUUCCUACAGUAGAAUUGAUUAGUUUUUAAAAGAAAUGUCAAAUAAUAAACAAUCAUUUACAAUUACA